AUGGCCACCAGCUUUGCCAUGCCCGUGCAACAGUUCACGACAUCUCCUACACAAUAUACCCUCUACAAUCAGCAAUCGCAGCAUUCUCAGCAAACCAGUCCCAUCAACUCAGCCGAAGCGACGCCCAGCAAUGCCUCCCCGACUUCUCCUCGUUCCGCCCUACCGCCUCAUUUCUCUGCGCCUAAUCAACAACUGCGACCACCCAAGUCCCCUCUCUAUGUGCCAGCCGUGCUGCGACCAACAGAUCCUCCCAAGAGAGUCGCCAGAUCCUCGCCCUUGACACCACCACAGAGCAUGCACAGCAGCUUUGACGACCUGGACAACGCGCGAAAAUUGAACCGGCGAUCGACGGAUGACAAGACGUUGACUUUGGGUUCGAUCGUGGAAGCAGAAUGGAGUGAUCAAGGGUUCGGGAAGGUUACGGCAUUGCCAACAAGAGAACACUGGAAGGUAUGUUAGCAAAUAUUCCUUAUGUUUUUCCCACGUUUGCGUGUGACAAAAAGCAAAUUACAAAUAGUUGGGACCGCCGUGAUUCUUAUGCUGAAUGUUGCAAUACCUUGAUGGUGAUUGCGUGCUGAAAGCACGUUAGUGAUCCAUGUCACCAAAAAAAACUCACCCCAUCAAUUGUUAGCUUGGCCAAGGAAGCUUGCAUGUUCGAGUGUUGUUGCUCAUCAGCUUGCUCGUUUAAAUCGGCUCGCAUAUUUUCUGCCUUGUCUCGGACUCAAUUUUUUCGCGUUUCGGCAAAAGAUGCUGACAGCCCUUUUCUUAGCCGGACCCCGAUUCUACUAUCUGCGAUGAGCCCACGUGCAAACGGUCCUUUACAUAUUUCACUCGUCGACAUCAUUGCCGGCGCUGUGGGAACAUCUUCUGCGACCUACACUCAAUGUAUAAUACUCCUCUUGAUCAAGAUGCCAAUUACCAUCCUCGAGGCUUCCGAAGUCGAUCGUGUGAACAUUGUUGGCACGAAUAUCGAAGUUGGCAAUUGGCACGAUCAAGUCGAUCAAACAGUGAGAGUUCUCACGAUGAACCAACUACACCAACCGUUAGCUGCGCUGGCAAUGCUGCUCGUAAUGCUCUAGGAGGUGUUUUUGGACAAAAGAUUUCGGGAUUACCCGAAAGUCUGGCAGCCAGUGUACCACGAGACUGGAACUGGAGCACGUUUUGA